AUGCUCAUCGAACGUGAUCUAGGUCUUGAAUCAGACACUUUUGAACGCAGGCGAUCGCUUAUAAAAGAGGCCAACGAUGAUUUCCCGCCGUCGUUCGAAAUCCCGAACUCGUUCGCUGGUGGCCGGACUCCCAAGCCCUACAUUGGCACAACACCGUUUGAUCAUUCGCCACAACCAUUCAUUCCACCUCCUCUUGCUCCCUCGACAGCGCCCCAGUCACCUGCCCCCGAUAGCCCGCCUGCUUCGUCUGUUGGUCUCCCCCUUGGUGCGAGCUCAGUUACACCACCACCCGACGACCCGUUCGGAUUGGGAGCUGGCGUAGCAAGCUUGAGUUUAGGUCCGCCGCAUAGCACGGCAGGUUAUUCUGCAUCUAGCUCCCAAGCUUACCGAAUGCACAGGCCUGGUUUUGCUCUUGCUGCACCCUCGGCUAUAGGUCACCCUCCUCCCCCUUCUAGCGCACCUGCUUUGAGUCAAGGCGGAGUGUUUAACAGCUAUUUCCCUCCUGGCGCUAUGGGAAUGGGCUUGAGCAAAAAAUCGUCGGAGCGUGGACAACAACGGCCCCAAAUGCAUACACACCUUAGUAAUCCAUAUGGCUACCUUGCAGCACCUGGCCCUGCCAGCGCCCCACCUGGUCCACCUCAUAUGGUUGGAUAUCCGCCUUAUGGUGGUUACCAACCAUAUAAUCCCUAUGGCUAUCAUGGUAUGAAUGGACCUGCGUUUGCGUAUCCUGCGCCUCAAAUUAUGCCCCCCAUGCCUGCUAUGCCCAUCAUGCCUGCAGUUCCUGCUGGACCCCCAUCUGCGAUAUCAGAUAAUAUGGGAAUGGUGGUGCGUGCUCCAACACGUUUGGUACGCCCAAAGGAAGACGAGCAGCCUCCCAUGCGCUGGGAGCCCGGGAAAGAUUACGCACCGGUACUUGACCCAUUCACACUCGGAAUUUUGAAUCCCAAGGUCGAGCUUCACCCUUUGCUUCACCCCCCUGGUGGAGGAGAACAUUUAGUGUACAAUAUGUUAUUUCCACCAUCUGCCAUCCAUCUCUCAUCAGAUCCUCCAACUAAAUCAUGGUCCAACGGGCGUUUUUCGAUGGCUACUUUUCCUCGCGUGAAGCGAGUACGUAUUGUAUGCCGAGCACAUCCCUGGCUUAUGGAGGUCACAAAUGAUAGUGGUGUUACGGUUGGAGAUGUCUGCGACAAGCUAUAUACCGAGCAUCAACGACACAUGUCCAGCUCCGAGUGGGAUGCCGCAAUAGACUUCAAACGUCCAAUGACUAAAGCAUACCAAUGGAACAGGUCUACUAACCCAGGCGCUCCGGGCGGGGUCAUGGGAGAAGGUCUGAGACGUAUCGAUUGGUUGAUGAAGAACACAUUCUUUGGAGGUCUCACCGAGGAUCGCGCAUUUCUAGACGCACGAGUAGGGAAUGGUCUCGAGCGAUCACAGCCCGCAACGUUCGUAUUGGAUGUGAACGACGGCCCAAGAAAGAUGAAGAUUGAUUGA